AUGUCGAACCACAAAACUUUCACAAUUGGUAGUCGCAAAUCUCAACUUGCUCUAGUACAAACGAGACAAGUUCAAUCUGCCUUACAAUUAUCAUAUCCGGAUUUCGAAUUUCCAAUAAUAAGUAUGACUACUGUUGGUGAUCAAAUUCUCAAUAAACCAUUAUUCCAAAUAGGAGAAAAAUCUUUGUUCACCAAAGAAUUAGAAGUUGCUUUACAAAAUAAAACUGUUGACCUGGUGGUUCACAGUUUAAAAGAUUUACCCACUACCCUGCCUGACGGAAUGACCAUUGGCGCAAUUAUGAAACGAGAGAAUCCGAAAGAUGCUGUCGUAAUAAAAAAAGGUUUAAACUUUAAUUCUUUAGAUGAAUUACCGGAGGGAAGUGUAAUUGGAACAAGUAGCGUGAGAAGAACCGCACAAUUAAAGAAAGCCUUUCCGAACUUAGUAUUCCAAGAUAUUAGGGGUAACUUAAAUACUCGUCUUGCAAAAUUAGAUGAUCCGAAUGGUCCGUAUUCUGCCUUGAUAUUAGCCGUCGCGGGUCUCAUUCGCCUAAACUUAAAUAAUAGAAUAUCACAAAUUCUUCCCUCUUCGGUUAUACUGCAUGCAGUUGGUCAAGGUGCCUUAGCUGUAGAAUGUCGAACCGAUGACGCUCAAAUCAUAAAAAUUAUUUCUGUACUUGAAGAUAAAGACACGAUGUUGCGUUGUACGGCUGAACGUUCUAUGCUGAGAACUUUAGAAGGUGGUUGUAGUGUACCAAUUGGCGUUCACACGGACUUCAUAAAAUCUAGUGACUGCAAACGGAAACUAAAGUUAAUUGGUUUAAUCGCGAGGCUUGACGGUUCAGAGAUAAUUCAGGCUGAAGCUGUAAAAGAAAUAGAUGAGGAUGGAAUCGAUGCUGCAAAUGAGCUUGGCAAGGAGGUAGCAUCGACAUUGGUGGAAAAAGGAGCAACCAGCAUUUUGGAUGAAUUAAAAAACGCUAAAAGUUAA